GCUUACCCUCACCAGCCCAAUCCACCAAACCGACCUGGCCGAAACCCUUAUUUCCCCUUUUCAUUAAUUUCCCUUAUACAGCGUACAACAACCACUGUACAAAACGUUAUCAGCCUCAGCCAAAACAAUAACCAACAACGACCAUAAUAGCCGACAACAUCAACGGCGUUCAACAACGCGUACACCAGCAACAAACAGCGUUGUACGCUGUAACGCAAACAACAGUUCCAACGCAGUAACAGCAAUAGCCUUCAACGAGAAAAAACCCAGUUGUUCCCCCUUUCCUUUAUUACUGAUUUACCCCCGUGUGCAACCUCUUUUUGGCUUGAAUUUCACCUUCUUAAAUGUCCAAAUCCGGUCUCUUUUCUUGCCUUCUAACUUUUCCGUUCUGAAUUUUGUACCAAUUUGGUGCAAAUUUCACUCUGCAUUUCUGUCAUUGUGGAUUUCAAAAUCCCUUGACUUUUCCAAAAAAGUUCAAAUUCAAAGCCCUAAUCACAACCCCCCACCCACCACAAUAAUCAACAAUACGAAAUUACCUAUAAAUAGAUGCUAAGGAGAAGGGGUAAGGAGGAGGAUUUUGGGGGAAAAUUAGGGGUUCUGAAGGUGCUUGCGUUUAACCUCACGAAACCAAAAUUCUCGAAGACCGUCGGAAUAUCGGAAUUCGAUGUUCUCGUUCAAAUUCUGUUGGUUAGAAUCAACUCGAGGUGGUGGAAUCUCAUUCGAUUGAAAGCUCUUCGUCCCGGUGUUGCUGCUCGAAAACAGGAAUGUCUUCUAAAUGGACAGAAGAACCAAUAUUCAGAGUUUUGGAUGAUGAAGAUUCCUCUUGAGGAAUUUUGGAAUUAAUUAAAGUUCUAUUUCCUUGCUAUAAUAUAGGGAAAUUUGAACUCGCAGAGCUAUAUGCAGAAUUUCUUCGAUCAAAAUAUGAAGGGUUUGUGCGUCCUCCUUGAUAUGAAGAGUUUUGAUUUCUUCCACCUCAUCCUCUACCUUUGGCGAGUUGCCAAGGAGGAUCCAUACUGCAUUAAUAAUCAGGAAUUUGAUCAGCAUACCAUGACAGAUAUUCAGAGAGAUCUUCAUAAAGUGUAUCCUUUGUGAUAAGGUCGUCAAUGACUUUCCGUAGUAUGAGCAUGUGUAAAUCCAUAUUUAGAGGAACUGCCUUUAUAAAGGUGAGUAAGAACUUUGCAGAGAAGAAGUGUAGAAAGAACUUCAUUAGAUCUGUAAGCAUUAAUCACUUAAAUCAAUAUCAAACCAAUAGAUUUCGUCAUCAA